AUGGCUAGCAGGGGCUCAGUGACAGAACCAGAGGAGCCAAGGGGGUCGUCACCUCCGCCCAGGGAGAGGGGAUGGGAGUGUAGGCCGGGAAGGGGGCGGGGCCCAGUUCCUACGGGUACUUGCCUGGCGGAAAGAAGAUACUCUUGCUUCUACUUAUACAGCCGAGGGAAGCACUUCCUCUAUCCUCUCCUCUCUCGGUUUCCGGGCGUGCUGCGCCUAACAGGCGCGGGAGACACAGCGGCAAACAGCGUCUUCUCCACCGCUCCCGCUGGCAGCACGGAGCAGCGGGCUGAUGUAAUGAAGGCGCAUGCGCAGCCCGCGUCCCGCGUCCAGUCGCACGUCUCACGUACCCAACCGAGAGGCGGGGCCGCAGGUCUUGCGGGCGCAGGCGCACUAAGCUGUGAGAAGCUCAGGGCGGAUGAGCUCCGUGAAAAAGGUGCACGGAGUAUUUGGUGUUGCGUCCUUUAUUUUAAUGCUAAACUUGAACUUCCUAAGUUUCUUCUUCCAUCCCUGUUUGUGAAGAAUCCUGGGAGUGUAUUUGAUUCUAAGAUUCAUUUCAGUGGUGAAAGACUGAUUUGCAGUUUCAUGCUUGUAGACCAAGAAUUGGCAGACCUGAGAUACGGUCUUUCCUAGAUGGAUUCUACCAACUUGAAAUAAGUCCCAGACCUCAAUAAAGCUAUUUUUUUCAUUCUAAAUUAUAAAUAAGAUUAUUUGUUCUGCUCUUUCAGUUGAUCAUCCUUAUGAGGUUCCAAUGACAUUAUGAUACUUGAUAUUAAUAAAUUAUAGAGCUCUGAAAAUGCCUGGCUUGAAGCUAGAAAACUGGAUCAGAUAAAACAAGGGACAAGAGCCAUUUUAACAUGACCAUGAUUAUUUAGCCUUGGAAAAAUAACUGGUUUGGUAGAAUUGACUGAUGGAUAGUCUUUUGGGUACAUUUAUUUAUUUUUCACCUCCAUUUCAGAGAAACCUUAGGUCAGCUCUACUGAAUGAAAUGGUUCAUGCACCUCAUUGGUGAGUUGAAUUACUAUCUUUCCAAUUAUAAUAAUAUGAAUGAAAUGGUUUGUAUGACAUAAAAUAGAAUUAUAGGCUCCUGAAAGGUGAAAAUCUUGUUUUAAUACUGUCUGCUUAGCAUGAGACCCUUAAAUAGUUGGGGCUGUAUAAAUUUUCUUGUUUUCAUCUUGCAUUUUAUUUUGAAAGACUUACUUUCCUGCCACACAAACCUAAUCAUUUCGUUACUCUGUAUAAAGCACUUUGGGAACCUCUCCCACCAUUGCUUCUUUCCAUGAAUACUGCCUCUUCCACCUGUGAGCUACAUGAGUCUAAAGUAUGACAGCUAUUUUAACAUUUUUACAGACAUUUCCAGAUACUUCUUAGAGCACUUAUAUUGUUAUUGACUGUAUUUCACUAAAUAAUGGGUAGUUUAAAAACUGCUAUUCCACCAGUAAAGGCAGAGACUGACUACCUUUUAUCUGUCUUUGUAUUCCUGGAACACAGCAUAACAAGUGACACGUAUAUUUUUAGUAUGCAAAAAUUAGUGGUUAUUAAUUUUUCUUUAAUUCAGAGUUUUUAACUUGCCUGUAACUGACAUCCUAAAAUUAGGAAAUCACAUUUUGUUUUAUAAUGUUACUAAAAAUUUAAAAAGAAGUUUACUCUUAAGGUACGUUUAUAUAAGCCUGUUUCAAUAUUUGAGAGCAAUUUAAAAUACAUCUUCUGCAGGAAAAGUUCUUAAACUGUUUUAAAAUAACACAUAAUGGCAAUUAGUUUUAUCAUGCAUGGUUUGGAAAGUGAACGUUACAAAAUAGGAAGCCAGAGCUCCAAUUAUAAAUAUCUAGUGAUAAAUGCAAUCAGUUAUUUAGAGAGAAUGUGCAAACCUCAGAUUGUGCAAAGAAAGGUUCCCAUGUGACCUCCACCAGCAAAGCUAAGUGGAUGACUGGGAGGAUCAGUUAGCUAAUAUAGACAAAAGGGUAAAAGGUAAAAGGGAAAGUGAGUGGGUUUUUUUGUUUUUGUUUUGUUUUGUUUUAAGGAACUUGUACUCACUUACUAUCUAAAUUUCCCAUGAUGGAAAAUACUUACUUGCAAUUGUCACAAAACAAUACAAAAUCUUCUGCUAAAUAAACAAAAUCCUAUCAACAGAA